GAAACGGUAACUUCUCGUACAAUUACACUGCACAUACAAACCUAGUCAAGCGACAAGAGGCACUGUGUCGCUCUCAUCACUUUUUGCCAACAUGUUUCCUGGGAACCUUGUUUUACAGUCUGACACGGUCUUCUGGCGGCGCACGGAGGACUUUGGAUAUAAUUCCUUUUAGGGGAAAGUUUGCCAGUCCUCGCUGCUAAUGAGCUGGUUACGCGAGCUUUAGCCCGGGAUUAGCCACCUGAGCUAACACACGAAUCCAAUGGAGGUGUAUUAUUAUGCAGACUCGCCUGACACUACAAAGUACCUUUAGCUGUUCGGAAGGAAGGUUUAAGGACUUGAAUUUGGAUCGAUUUAUCCUCGAGGAGCAACAUGGACAAGAAGCAUCAUUUGUUUUGGGGUUUGAGGGCAACCCGGUUAUUGGUAAAGAAUAAUUGCUUUUAUUGAUUCUGUCAUUUGAAAGCAAAUAGCGACUCUGAUGAUGCUAGGGACGUUUCCAUUGGAGGUGUGUUAAGCUGCAGCCCUCGUUUUCAUCAGCAAAGAAUGUCCGACCUGGAAAGUUCCAGUUCAUAUUUUGGUCUCGAUGAUCCGCAGUGGCUAUGUAUGGUCACGCUUUUUAUUGCAUCCCUGGUUACCCUGGUACUGUAUUUUGUACAGUAUUUCCAACUAAGGGCAACAGGGUCGGAGAAGACCGUAGCAGAGGAUAAUGCGGCGAAGGAGGAAGCCGCCUCUCUGCUGGGAUGGGCGCUGUCACUGAAUAGCUGGAAAAGUCAGUGGCGAGGAGCAUGGUGCAAGGCUUUGAAUGCCCAGUCAAGGGAGACUCGUGGGAGUCCACUUAUUCUGACCUUCAAAGAAGAUGACGUCGACCCAUCUGAGCUCAUGGUCAGACAAGUGUCCAGCUUUAAGAAAUCUGGCCAAAUCAAGGCUGCUUGCUGCUGCGUGGUCGGUGAGAAGCUUCAGUUCUCUCUUGGUGUGUCCACAGCCACAUCAUUUUCAGCAGACCCUUGUAAAUAUGCAGUGUGUAUAUCCCCACUGGAGCUGCAGCUUGAGCUACAGUUGCAAGAAUCUGAACAUCAGGUCAGAGUGAGCUGGGGAAUUUCUCACCUGGAGACAGAUAUGGUCCAGGUGACACCUAAUUCGAUCCAGGACAAUGUCAGCACUUCCUGUGUGGCAACAGUGAAAGAGCAGUUGAGGCAUGUGCUGUGUUCGACCCAACCCUCUCUGUUAAUGAGCUGCAAGCCUUCUCAGGCCUCUGAGGUCAAGGAAACUUGCAACAAAGUGUUUUCACCCCCCAAACCUCCUCGCGCACAUGAAUGGAAGCUGCUGGUGAAAAACAUUCGCGUAAUGCUCAGUAAGCAGGAAGAUGCUGCAGGCAGCAUAAGUCCUAUGUGUGUACUGCAGUUAGAUGACCCUCCGCAGAAGUAUAAUACAUCCGUUUUGAAGAACACAGCCAAUCCUGCCUGGGAUCAGCCGUUUAUAUUUGAACUGAAUGGCCGAUCAAAAGAGCUUAUUAUUCUAUUAAUGAAUGACGGACAACCUCAAGAGGAUAACUUUCUGGGCCAGGUGUCUGUGUCUUUUGACCUUGUUAGGAAGCAACCUAAAGGACAACAAACAUUUUCACUCAUGACCAAAGAUGUAGUGACAGGAUCAGUUACUACUGAUUUUACCUACCUGGAUCCCAGUGAGGUGAGGUCCUGGCAGCCUCCAACCCCAGCCUCCACCAAGAGAGUGGAGACGGACCGUACUGUCAUGCCCUGUGGCACCGUGGUCACCACCAUCACUGCAGUCAAGAGCAAACCAGGCCGGGUGCUCACUCCAGGACUCAACAUUGAUUCUUCCCAAAAAGCAAUGACCCAAAAGCCCAAGCUUUCAGAGCGACGUGUUUCGGAGCAGACGUCAAUGCUGGGAUCAGCAGUUAGCAAGGCCCUGUCUUCUUCAGACACCGAGCUGCUGAUGCUAAAUGGCACUGACCCUGUGGCUGAGGCGGCCAUCAAACAACUCCAUCAGUCUGCCAAGCAGAAGCUGAGGUCCCCAGUGAAGAAGAGUACCAUCAUCAUCUCUGGGAUUGCCAAAACACCAUUGUCCCAGGACGAUGAGCUGGCUCUGAUGGCGGGCUAUGCUGCGGCAAUGGAUGCUUCAAUGUCAGACGAAAGCUCCUCUCAAGACAUGACUACGGCGAUUGUGUCGGGGAGCAGUAGCCACCCAGAGGGUUCAGAACCUGAGGAAGGUCCCAGUGGAGUGGGCCGCCCGCCCGAGAAUUGGGAGAGCCACACUGGAGAAGACUUAAAUCAUACCUCACUUUCCAUGUGUGUGUCGGAGGUCAGCUGCAAAAAGAGAAGAGGCAGCUUCCUUCAGAAGAGCGCCAAGCUGUUCUUCCGGCGGCGACACCAGCGCAAGGACCCUGGAAUGAGCCAGUCGCACAAUGACCUGGUCUACCUGGAGUCUCCUGCCACUGUGGAGCGGGCCAGCAAAACCGCCACACUCAGCCGCAUGCUCAGCCGCAAGAGCAAAAGCAAAGCUAACGGCUCUGCCUCGGUCGGGCAGCCACCUGCGUGACCCCUCCCCCUUCGACAACUACCACCUCAAACUUGCACUGUGUACAACGUCCUUGGGAUUGAAGUCCUCCGAUGGUUGGCCAGCAUCGUAUGUGACAAUAACUGAGCAGAGUCUUUUACUGCUGCAUACUGUUCCAAUGCAAGUGUGCGGGAGUGGGCAUAUCAUGGUAUUUCACAGGAUAUUAUUUGCACGUUUCCUCAGUUUGGUUUUCUGCAGAAUUCUCAGUGCUUGUGUGGCCUUGUUACCGGCUGAAGGGACUGAUGUAGGCCUUCGUCUCUACCUCCCGGAUGUUGAGUAUAAAAUGUAAACCAUCCGUGCUGUGACCCAUAGCUUUCGUGCAAUGGAUCAACAGGACCAAAGACGAAGAUCAGAGUGGUAUUUGAGGAUUUGCACAGUUUUAAAUAUCUUUUCUAUUUCGGUGCAAUGACUGUUCCAAAUAUUCACAAAGGGAGAUGAUGCAUUGCAAGUGAGCGUGAGUUAGUAAUAUGACUACUUCUGGGCACGAAUACUUUGAAAUAUGGUAUUUCAACACAACAUUUGAAUGCAUAAUGUUAUUUCUUUUAAUCCAAGAUCAGUACAUCAGAUUUGAGUGAUUUGGAAAUACGGUAAUAUCUGUAACGGUAUAAAAAUCAGUAUCAGCCAUGCAAUAUGAAAUACAGUCAGUGGCAUUGCAAGUAAUUACAAUGAAAUAUCAACAUUCAUUUUCAAGAUGGUGGCAGGUUAGCACAUCUGCCUCACAGUUCUGACGACCGGGGUUCAAAUCCCGGCCCCGCCUGUGUGGAGUUUGUAUGUUCUCCCCUGUGCCUGCGUGGGUUUUCUCCGGGCACUCUUGAUUGAAUACUAAAUUGCCCUUAGGUGUGAAUGGUUGUUUGUUUAUAUGUGCCCUGUGAUUGGCUGGCGACCAGUCCAGGGUGUACCCCGCCUCCCGCCCGAAGCUUGCUGGGAUAGGCUCCAGCGUGCCCGCGACCCUAGUGAGGAGAAGCGGUACAGAAAAUGGAUGGAUGGAGUUUUCAAAAUAUCAUAGCUAAAAACCUCACGAUACUGUUGUUGUAAUAAUGUGUGUUUUGAAAAAUUCUAACGUAUUGAGUCUUCCCAAAACAUUUUUAAUGUACACUAAAAUGACCCUCGGUGACCUUCACCCUUUCAACUGUGACAUCACACUCAGCCAUGCUUAGUGUGUUUUACACAAACCAGUUUUCUUUUGAAUCCUAUACUUCCUUGGCUCGAAAGUCACGUUCCCAUCCAUAAUGACUUGUUUUUAAUGUCCUGUAUCUUAGAACACGAUUGAACUUUCUCAAAAAGCAAUCCAGCUAAUGAUUGUGUAUUUUUUUUUUUUUUUGGGAUAUCAUCAAGUGUAAGGUGUGUCAGCACACUGCGGGAACUACUGGUCUUCAUUGGUAAGAUUCAAAACGAUGUGCAGUGCUAAGAUUGCCUUACAGUAGUUCUAUACAUUUUGCCACAAAUGCGCUCUAGGCUUGUUCUUGGGCUCAGCUUUUGUCUCCAUCGUCAGAGCACUGGAGGUCGAGCUGACAGACCCUCAGCUGUGUUCCUACAUCAUCCCCAAUGCCUCAUCAUGAAGCCUAUGCACCUAAGGAAACAGCUACUUCAGCGUUUAUGCCAUCGGAUAUUUCUAGGAACUCAUUUGCUUUUCAUGACAACAUUCCUCUGCGGAAAAUGGAUCAGGGGACUUCUGUGUCCUAAACGGUAUGCUGUGGGUCCUUAUCCUAAUACUGUCUAUGGUCUACCAGCAGUGACUACUGCGUCUUAAAAAUAAAAAAAGGUUGUUUGGAAUUUUGCCGAGUGACUAGUAACCUGUUUGCACUAUGCUACUAUAAAGCAUUCAGUAAACAAAGGGGCUGGUGAAUUUUUGUUGUUGUGGUUGGUAUCUUCUUUGUGCACAAAAAAAAAAACAGAUCAGCUGUACUACUGCUACAGAAUUAACCUAACUGUGUCAAAUUGUUUCAUUUUCAGCAAUAAA